AAAGGAGUAUCUCAUGAUUUUAAGCUUUGAGAUUGAACGGUGAAGCGCAAGUUUUGGGUUUGUCAUGGGUAAAAAUAUUGCGUAAAGGUGAACCUGGUGAAAGUUUGUUGGAUUAUCGGCACUUAAAUUACUAGGAUGAACGGAAUAACUGAGCCAAAGGACUGCAAAGUUGUCGGAUUCUUAAGUAAUUUUGAGGUGUUUACCUAUUUCAAGGAGAAGAAGGAGGAGAGCUACAAGAAUUACAAGCAGGCUCAGAAACUGAAGAGGAACACGCACAUGAACACAGUCACGUACGAAACCCUGCAGUACUUGCAAACCACUCCCUGCGCCGUCCAGACCAAGGAUGCCGUCGAAAUGUACAUGAAUCUAAUUCAACCCUUUGGACUUACCAAAGCAGAAAAGCUCACCAUUUUGAACACGAGACCAACUCAACCUGUCGAUAUUCAAGCCAUUGUUGAAGAAAGUGAAGAAAGGCUCAGCGAAGACCAGAUUAACGAUUUAAUUGAUGUUAUUCAAAAAACAUUACCUCCCAUUCCCUCAGGCGAUGAGGAGAAGUCAGACCAGGGCGAAUUAUCGUCGUGAUAUUCUUCAAAGAACUGAUGUAUACUAUAAUUCAUGCAUAAUAAAUAUAGAUAAUUUUUCAUGCCGUUAGUAUAAGCCAAAGUCCAGACAAUAAAACGAAAAACGCAUGCUAUAGUUGAUAUACUGAAUAA